AUGGCCUCCUGCCUGGCCGUUCUCCUGAGUCAUGUCCGGUAUAAUCGGCGCACAAAACCGCUUCGGCCGCGACUUCAACAACCCCGACGCCGCAAUGCAGGGCACAUCACCGCGCUGUAUGAUAUCGGCUGCGUGGUGGGCUCGAUCGUCUGCUACCCCAUCGGGGAGCAGUUCGGACGUCGCACGAUGCUCAUGGCCGGUGGCGCGAUCGUGGUGAUCGGGACGGUGGUUCUCGGCUCGUCAUACAUGAUUGCGCAGCUUAUCGCUGGCCGGAUCAUCACGGGUUUCGGGAACGGGAUGACCUCGUCCACGGCGCCGGUGUACCAGAGUGAAUGUUCACCGGCGUGGAUCCGGGGCGCUUUACUGACCCUCUAG